AUGAGAGUCGCUGUCAUCGGAGGCGGUCCUUCCGGACUUGUUACUCUCAAGUAUCUCCUUACCGCCCAUCAGUUUCUCGGAGGUGAACCCAUCGAGGCUCACCUCUUCGAAGGCGAUGACGCCGUGGGCGGAACCUUUUACACCAGGACCUAUGAAGAUGCUGAGCUGGUCUCAUCAACUCAACUCACCACCUUUUCCGACUUCCGAUGCUCAAAGACCGAUGGAGACUUCAUGUCCGCCAGGCGAUAUGUCCAAUAUCUCAACGAGUACUGCGCACAUUUCAACCUGUGGCCACACAUCCAUCUCGACACACAAGUCGACUCCGUGACAAGGACACUCAAGGGGAAACAUGUCGUCACUUAUACCUCCAAGACAACAGGAGAGACGUCGGAGUGGGAAUGUGAUGCCAUCGCCGUCUGCUCCGGCCUUCACGUCACUCCUCACAUCCCUGACAUCCCGGGUAUCGAACACGUUCCCGUCAAGAUGCACUCCUCUCAGUUCAAGGAAAAGAAGCAGUUCGGCAUCGACAAGACAGUGAUGAUUCUCGGCAGUGGUGAGACGGGUUCGGAUCUCUCCUGGAUGGCAGUCACUUCACAAACCAAGCGAGUCGUCAUGUGUCACCGAAGUGGUUUCCACUUUGCGCCCAAGAGAAACCUCAGCCCUGUCCUUUUCCCCAUUUUGGGUCGCAAGUCCAGCGGUGAACUAACCGUACCAUUGGACAAUGCGCGCGCAAGCUUGUUCGACACAGCUUACGUCCAUCCCUUGCUUCGGAACCACACGGCGCUCUGGACGUUUUACAACAUUUAUGUACGGACGUUCCUGUGGCUUAACACGGGCACCCCGGAGGGAUUGGAUCAAGUAGUUGGAGAACCGGAUUCGCACAAGAAUCAUGUUAGCCGAAUCUUCUUCAACAAAUCAUCCAACGCAGCCCCCUACAUAUCCUACCCCUACAAACACCUCCAACCCACCACCACGCCCCCUUCGCUCCUCUCCCGGGUGCGUUCCGCCCUCAUCGGCUCAACCCUCAAAGACACAGGUGGUCGCUACAUCGAUCUAGCCCCCUGGCCGCAAUCCAUUUCUUCCUCGGGGAUCGUCACCUUCCAAAAUAACCACCGGCCGGAAUGGGAGCGCAUGCGGCAGCAGACCGUCAAGCCCGACAUAGUCAUUUUCUGCACGGGGUAUAACCAGGAAUAUCCGUUUUUCACUGAGCACAACUCCUCGGUGACAGAAAAGCACGGUAAGGCGGCCCGCAAGUAUGCUGUUGAACACAAGGAACGAGACGUCCGCGGUAUUUGGAACAGGAACGAUCCUUCGGUUGGGUACAUUGGCUUUUUGAGACCUAGUCUGGGAGCUAUCCCGCCGUUGGCGGAGAUGCAGGCUCAGCUGUGGAUUUUACAGCUUGUUGCUCCUCAUCAGAUUCCGAGGGCAUUGGAACAGAAGGAUGAGAAGCAUUACCGGUUGCAUCAUCCGGCUGAUAGUCGAGUCAAGUACGGGAUUGACCAUGAGAGCUAUGUUUACCAACUAGGGCUGGAUAUGGAUUCUGCUAUGGGCUUUUUUGAAGUCUUGAAGAGAGGACUGUGGGAGAGGGUAUGGAAAGGGGGUGAUAUAAAGGGGUGGAGGCUGCCGAUUGUUUGGGCGUUAGGAGCGAAUUAUAAUGUCAAGUUUAGGACGAAAGGGCCUUGGAGGUGGGAUGGGACAGAAGGUGGACAUGGAGCGGAGGAGGUGAUGGAGACGGAGCUGUGGACUAUGAUUAAACGGAGGAGAUGGUUUUGGGAACAUUUUUGCUUGAGUUUGUUGCCGAUGAUGAUCUUUGGGCCCGUCAGUUUGUUGGUGUGGGUUUAUGCUUGGGUUGUUGGGGUGGUGUUUGGGGUUGAUUUGACGAGGCAGGGGAAGGAAGGGAUGAAGGGGAUUGGGAUGGGGUCGAGAAAGGUGUUGGGGAAUGGAAAUGUCAAUGGCAACGGCAACGGCAAUGGGGUUGAAAGAGGGUGGAUGAGGGAGAAGAUGGCUUUGCAGUCGGAAUUGUAA